ACGGCUAAAAGUCAAACGCAGUGUCGAGCAAACCAAAUAGCGAAGAAGUGGUGGAACACCGUAAUCGUCAGUUCGACCGUACUUCGUCGUCGUGUGUGCGCUUUUGUAAUAACUAACUUUUUUGGAUCGUGUGUCGCGAAAGAGCCCCCUACUUUACCCUCGAAAGGCAAAGAACGAUUCGUACUACUGUGUACUUUGGUCGCGCAAAGCACUUCCGGCGUUAGUGGCGCUUCCGGUGCGACGGAACGGACCCGAUUCGUGGCACGGAAAUCACGGCGAACCCCGGGGAAAAUUGGAUGUCUAAAAUGGACGCAACGUCGUAGUAGAGCGAGGAGAGGUUUUUCUUUCAAGUGCGAACGGGAUAGCAUGUUCGGGACAACGGUACGGGUUUCCUUCGUGUGAGUGAAAAGCGCUGGCCAGUUGUGCAAACGCCAAAGCAAAGUGCGGGUUUCAUUGUCUGUGUUUGUGCAAGUGAAGUAGGCACAUCGGGCCAAAGAGUGAACGAAAAGGCAUCAAUGAGCCAUCACCACCGUCGUGAAAGGAGCAGAAGAGGGUAGACAAAAGGAAGAAAAAGAAGAUUGUAUGUGAAGAAGAGCCCGAAGAAAGGAAAAUAAGGCAAGAAGUCUAAGGAAGAAAAAAAGUGAAUAAAAAGUGUACAAGUGGAAAACCAAAAGAGGCAAUGGCUAUUAAUUUGUUAGAUAAGGAAUCUUUCGGAUUUAUGUGAUUUUCAAACAAGGUAUUUUUGUUUCCGCCGACAAGGCCUACUAAAGUUUUUUUUCCUCCGCAAGGAUAACCAAAAUUAAUGCGGUGGAAUUAGAGCACGUAAGCUAGUAGUGUGAGAGGAGAACGACGGAGGCAAGAAGACGAAUCUGCCAGGAUUGGGUUCCGGAAAGUGAAAACGAGAUUAUUAUGGAAAAGGCGAAAGCCUACAUCAAGAACGAAUUGCGUGGGGGCUCCCUGGCAUCGCAUCCGGAGCCCCCGCCAGCCAGUCAACAUCAACAACAUCAGGUCCAGUCUCACCACGAACAGCAGCACCACCACCAGCAGCAGCAACAACAACAACACCAACCGCAAGCCGAAGAUCCUUCCAAUAUUUGUUAUGUGUGUGGCGCCCGCGGUGCCCUCGAUCAGUUCUAUCUCCGAGUACGGCCAAACCCGGACCGUCCGAAUGAGCCAUAUUUUCCACUGCUUGAAACGCACCUACCACCCAACGGUGUUCCCCAAUGGACACCGGCCCAGGUAGGGGUACGCUCGUGCAAUCUCUGCUUUACCACAUUCGCCCGACAGUGGGAUUACCACGAAAGAGAGGGUAAACCCAUCUCGCAGAGAUUGUACUGGCUCAAGCGAACCGAUGGCAAAAACUACAUUGGAGCGGAAAUGUCCACCCAGGGCGAAUAUGCCACCCAAGUGCUUGGGCUGAACCCGGAGCAGACGCCGGGUAGUGGCCGCUCGCUUACCCCCCAGUCGCAGCACAUGAAUUCUUAUGGUAGAAUUGAUAGUCCCAAUAGUUUAGCACGACCGCGUUCGCAAGACCAUCCCGGUGCUAUGGGCGGUGCUCCUCCGCAGCAUUUUCAAGUAGCUAGGAACGAUAGCCCAAUCCGGUCGAGUUCGCGGAACGAAUCUCCACAGGGUAAAACCGAAGCUUAUCAUCCAACCAAGCGGUACAUCGAAAAUCAUAUUAACAGUAGUGGAAGCUACAGUCAACAGGGAUCGAGGCCUUCCAGUCGAAACGAAAAGAGUGUCACACCGAGGCCUAUGUCCCGGGAGAAUCCAUCCCCGGUGGCAGCUACUACAUCGGCACCCUCAGCCACUCAGCCUGCGACGGCAUCACCAGUGCUAGCAGGACGGUUCGAUGGUAUGAAAAUGUCAUCUUUCGCGCAUCAUAAGCUGAAAAUUGGCACCUAUGCAAAUUCAUUAGCAGCUACAGUUACCACCGGAACUACUGCCGCCCCUGCUACCGCAAAUGUAGAUAAUAAGUCGUCUUCAUCCACAUCGUCCUCGUCCCAUCGGUUGGAAGAGGAAGGUGCGCUGGACUUGCGGAAUUCCUCUCUUGGCCCGAUCCCUGGAACCGGAACGGACAUACUGGACCUAUCGAUGCCGGAUAAAAAUUCAAUGACUGAGGUGUGUUACGUGUGUGGUGAUGAACAGCGGAGAGGGAGUCUGGUGGAAAUUUCCACCGUAAAACCGAAGGAUGCCAAGGAUCAGGAGAAGCCGUACUUCCCUAUUUUCGACGAGACGCAUGCCAGGCCUGCCCGUUCUCGACCGAAGGAUCCCAAAGGAUUGGUACAGGCGUGUAAAACAUGCUACCAGUAUCUGAUCAACCAGUGGCAGACGUUCAAUGUUCGAUGUGUACCGGAGAAUCAGCGGAAGUACCAGAUAAGGAAGCGUCAAACCACGCAAGAGCGUGCGGCGACAUUCGUCUGCUAUACGUGCGGCUCCGAUACGCCUUCGUCGCAGCUGCGGCUGGUAUAUUGCUGUCCCAAUGCUGAACGGGAGCCCUAUUUUCCUUUUAUCAAAACGACGAAAGCACCGGCCAAUGCUAGUCCGAUAAGUCCUCAAGGAAUGGUGCAAAUAUGUUCAACGUGCAAUAAAAAGAACGCUCCUCUAGCCGAAGGUGGCACCGUCAGCAAUGUCGAAGAAAGGUAUCCGUCUCCUACGAAAAUGACGUCUAGUGUGAUAAACGAGGUUGUUCGAUUUAAGCCUUAUGAAUCUGCCUCAGCCCUUUCCGGACCGUUACGGGACCAGAAGGACUACCGAAGAGAUUCAAGACCAAAUUCACCGCCUCACCCUUUAGGACCAGUUGAAAACGGUCAAUUUUUUUAUUCAUGUUAUAUUUGUAAGAAAAGUUUCCCUCCCCAAUCGAUGGAAUGGCUAUCGACGAGUGCCGAACACAUGAAUUCGCAUGCAAUGCAUUUUCCCUGCCUCAAAGGCAGCAGUGAUCAGGGCCCGGGGCGGGUGUUAUCGUGCAAAUCCUGUGUGCACAAUCUGACCAUCCAGUGGGAGACGAUGGACGCCGAUCGGGUGCCGCUGGAGCAUCGCAAGUACAUCAUUCCGUCACCGACGCCUAACUCGGUAUCGCCUACCGGUUCCGCCGGGCAGCAUCGAGCGCCGAUCGCACUGACCACGCCACCGUCCACGCCGGUCGGAUCGAACGCGGCCAGCACCUCCGUUUACUGUUUUGUUUGUGGUCUCCAUUCGGAGUUGAGCUUUGCUAGAUUACUAUAUGCCAAGAGAGAGGGUUCUAGACCGUAUUUUCCUUUUUUGUUGAAGCACAAGUCGCACCCGAACGCGGAACAGUUACGUAGUGACAGCUCGGCGUUGGUUUGCACAUUUUGUUAUCACUCGCUGUUGAAUCAAUGGCGGAAAUAUGAAGCUCAAAACACCGUUAUCCCAAACAACCGCGAGUACAACUUCCACGAUUACUGCUGUCACCUGUGCGGCAUCACGACGUACCGGAAACGAGUACGAGCACUGCCGAUCCGGGAGUAUCCUUUCGUAGCAAAUCGAAAAAGUGACGGACUGCUGCUGGAAAACGGCGACUACGCGGUAGUCUGUCUGGAUUGCUACGAGGGGCUGAGGCAACAGUCGGCGGACUACGACCGGUGGAACGUCGCGAUCGAGAAGCGCGAGUACAACUGGGUUGCGCAGCCACCACCACCGGAGGACAGUCCGGAUGUAGCUGUCGCCCGCCUACCGAGCGGGGAACGGACCGAUAAAAUCAACAAAAAUUCUCAAGCAGGUCUACGGCCAAUACCAAAUAAAAAGAACUGUUCUCCAAAGCAAAUCGCCAACGACAAACGUGAUGCAUUACCAACAAAAUUGUCACAGAAGCGCCCAGUCACCAGUCCAGCGCCACCAGUUCCUUCGCCUCAGCUACAGAUGCAUCAUCCGUCUUCCGUGUCGCCACACUCGAAUCACAUCGUUGGUUCGAAUCAUCUUCCUCCAACGGGAGGAUCGGUUCCACCCGGAACACCGAUUGGAGUUGUCCAACCGUCACCGAAUUCAGCCGUUCAAGGUGCAUCCUCCGCAGGAGGUGCCAAUAGUGGUAGCGGGCGAGGUUCAUUCGCAGCGGCACUACGUAAUUUGGCCAAACAAGCUGACGUUAAAGACGACGAACCCAAUGGGGGUGGGGGUGGUGGUGGCGGCGGAGGCGCCGUUGGAGGAUCAUCCGAUCGUUCUGUUUCGGAUGGACGUGGUAAUUCGGGAGUAAAUUCGAUGGAUCGCCGUCAGAUGGAUGUGCGGGAUCUAAGUGAUUCGCGGGGUAAUUCCAUGUCCGAGAGUCGUGUUCGCAGUGCCGAUGUUUCUCGGGGAGGCGAUCCGAAGAAACGAUCUUCACCACAACCACCGGAAAAGAUGCAACGUCUUAAUCCGCCCAGUUCGAAUGCGAUACCAUCGGAGCUGCUCGCUCGGAGUGGUUUUCAACCGUACAGGCCAGACGAACGACUAGCUCAUCCUGCUGGAGCGUUUCCAAUGGAUGCGUAUGGUGGAUUUGGAUCCAUUCCCGGAAUGCCACCAGGAAAUCUGUUCAACCCAGCCGCUCUGGCUUAUCACGAUCCGGCUAUCUACCUUGAUCCACGUUUUCAGAUGCUGCGGAAUCAUCAUUCGGCAGCGGCGGCAGCAGCUGCAGCAGCCGCCGCAGCUCACCCCCUAUACUCGUCGCUUCAGUAUCCGCCCAAUCUGUACGCCGGAAUGAUACCCGGGAUGGGAAUCGGGGCGCACAGCAUGCAUGAACAUAUGAAGUUAGAGGAGGAACGCCGGGCGAGGAUGCGGGAAGAGGAACGAACCCGUGAGGCACGGGAAGCGAUGGAGAGAGAAAGAGAAAAGGAACUGCGGGAACAAAGAGAAAGGGAACAGCGAGAGAAGGAACAAAGAGAAAAGGAAGAGCGAGAACGGCGAGAAAAGGAACAGCGUGAGAAGGAACAACGGGAGCGGGAAAUGCGUGAGAAGGAGGAAAGAGAAAGGCGAGAACGUGAGAGGGAGCGAGAACGAGAGCGAGAAAGAAUGAUAGCAUCUCAGCAUAUGAUGCAUCAUCAGUUACAAAGGCCAUUUUUCCCGAUAAGCCUUGCGACCGGUUUACCAUCCCCGUUGGGCUUACCAAUGCGACCCCAGGGAUCGCUUUCAAUGCAGGGCCUCUCGUCGCCCCACCAUCCAUUGCAUCCAUCGUUGAGCUUAGGAAUGGGUCUAGGUCUACCACAAGUGCCACAACCACCACCAUCGUCUUCGAUGAACCUAUCGCACCCUCCACCUACCAGUCUGGGAGGACAUCCUUCAAUUCCAACCAGCUUGGCAGUUUACAGUCACAGCCACAGUCUACCACCAUCAUCUAUGAGUUCAAGUUAUCACAUGAGCAGUCUGAAUCUAUCCCAUUCCGGUCUAGCUGCGGCACAAAAUCUUAGCAUGGGUCACAUUCCUCCACCGGCCCACGGAUCCCUCAAUUUAUCCCCAUCCAUCUCAUCCGGUUCCCAGCAAAUGAACUCAUCGCCGCUAUCCCUCUCGACCAAAUCUCAUCAGCAGAACGUUUCUGCAGCUCAUUCGUUACCGCCAAUCAGUAGCAGUGCUGGUCUUCCUCCGCACCAUUCUCACUCGCAUCCCUUUUACUCGUCGCCAUCAAUGUCACUAUCGGCAGUUAAUUCUGGCAGCCCGCUCUCACUAAGCAGCAAACCGCCCGGCAACAAUCAUCUCUCCGCCAACAGUCGAACGAAGACAACAACUCCUCCAAACUCCAAUUCAAGUGGUUCCAUUUCGGCCACUUCAGCAACAGUUCCUCCCCACACGGCCAGCCACAUCGCACAGUCGCCUGUCGGACAACCCUUAUCUGUAAAUAGUACAAACAUCGCUAGUAUUAACAAUAAUCAUCAUCCCCAUCCUCACCAUCACCGCCAGGAUGCACCGCAAACGGCAGUGAUGCCCCCAGUGCCGGCGGCUGCCCUUAAACAGCAAGGAGCUACCGGAUCACCUCCCCAACCCCAACAACAGCAACAACCAUUAGAUAGCACCAUUCUAAUCAAAGGUCCGCCGCCAGCAUCAGCUGCUACGAUGGCACCCGAACUGAAAUCAUCUCCCGUUGAGGAACGAAGUUCGCCUUCCACCGGUAAACCGGAACCGGAGAGUAACGGAGCAAUAUCCGCGGCGACAACGCCGGCACCCCAAACUGCGGAAAAUUUAAAAGGUGGAUCUCCCAGCGCCGAAGGCAACAACAAUAACAACAAAGAGGACAAAAGAAGCGAAUCCACCGGUCCGACCGAAACAGCCGAUGGGGACAGCAAGAAGUCUCCAUUAAAUGGUAGUGGUGGCACCGGGGGAAGUCCUGCCGCAGGAGUGACAACGACUGCAGUCGGAACGCCACCGUCCGUUCCACAAGCAGCUUCUUCAGACAACCCAUCACCGAUUAAUCCAGAGAAUUUGAACGGGGGCGCAAGCAGCAACGGAGCAAACUCCACUUAUUCCAAUUGAGUACCGACAACGGAUUCGGAUGGCGCGAGGCUUAACCGAUUACUACUCUUAUCCACACUAUCUGUCUACGUACGAUAAGCUCUUUGAGUGAAUUGCUGGAGGCAUGAUUAAACAGAAUUUAUCAGAAUAUACAUAGACUAGGCGAAACCACGAUGGAAAGACGGAUGUUAGGUAACUGUAUCCUGCACAUACAGAAGUAAGUGUUACAAUUAAUAUAUAGGACAAGAACUGUCAGAUCACCGAACAGCAAACAAAAAAAGACAAAAACAACAGUUCAGAAGAGAAAACCCAGAAAACAAAUUGUGAUAAAUAAAUUUACGCCAAUAAGAUUUCGAUAGCGGAAAACAUUUUGAGCUAAACCAAAACAAACUUUGAACUUAGACUUUGAAUUCUCGCGAAAGAGCAACCGUAAAUAACAGAGGGACAGAUUGAAAUCAAUGAAUAGCUAUAACAACCACUGAUAACAAAUCAAAAGAACUUAUGACGGGACACAGCAGCAUUUCCACUCCUGUCGCACUUAUUAGAAACCCAAAAUGGUCAUUUUUGUCCAUUCUUCUUCAGCUGAAACCAAACAUAUAUCAUCACUUACUCAAUUUCAACGGUGAUGAUCAUUAAUCGCUAGUGUCACUGAAGUAUGUUAAUCAGAAUUUGGUCUCAACACACAAUUAAACGGAUAACAAAUAAAACUAACUAAAUAGGUAAUGGAAAUUGCUACAAUCCUCUACUAUAAUGAUAAAACUACAAUCUGUUGUAAAUACUUAUUUCGAGCAAACAAAAGUUGGCAGAAUAAAACUACCCACUGAUCGAUCGUUACAAGCAAAUUAUGUUUGAAGAAAGAAUAAUUGGAUCAGCACCAGCGAUAGUCAAUGAUGUUUUUUUUUAGUUAGACGCUAGAGGAAGACAUGCGGGAAGUAACACUAUACUGUUUGAUUUAAGUUUGUUUUCGGUAAAAUUGAAAUAAAAUUAAACACCUUCAAUGUA